AUGAAGACUCUACCAGCUUUCUUUGCAGUCCUCGCGGCGGCGGCGGAUGUCUACGUCUCCACGACGGGCUCGGACAGCAACGAUGGACUUUCGGAAGCGAAACCUCUCUCGAGCUUGACGAAGGCGCAAUCAGCUGUGCGAGCUCAGAUCGGGGCUAUGAAUGCGAACAUCACGGUGCACAUCGCGCCGGGCACGUACGAGCUUUCCGCACCCCUCGUUCUCACUGCGCAAGACUCUGGGAGGAAUGGAUUCAAAGUAAAUUGGGCGGGUUCCGGUGCCGUGAUAUCUGGCGGUCGGAAACUUACGAAUUGGACUGCGGGUGCGAAUGGCAUAUACAGCACGAGUGUGCCCCAGGGAUUCAAGUCGAGGAACUUGUAUGUCAACGGCCAGGCAUCGAACUAUGCGCGGCGCAAGAUUGCGAAUAGGAAAGACCUCGUGUAUACGGCGAGUUCGAUAAAAUGGACGGCGGGAACGUAUGAUUGGAUCACGAGCACGGCUGGUAUCGAGCAGGCUGAAGUGCGCUUCAUCAACUCUUUCACAGACCGAUACGCGCCAGUCUCGGGGAAAGGGAAUCGCGAACUGGUCAUGAAGCAAGAUUGGUGGACGACGAAUAACUGGGGAUAUGACCAUAUUUCGAAGCCGAAUGCAGACUUUGGGGUUUGGGUGCAGAAUGCUUUGGCGCUGUUGAGUGAAGGCGGGCAGUUUUACCUUGAUAGUAAGGCGGGGAAGGUGUACUAUAAGCCGUUGAGUGGGGAGAAUUUGGCGAGCCUGGAUGCGCAUUUGGGUGUUUUGGAGACGCUGGUGGUGGUUGGGGGGACGUAUGAUGCUCCUGCACAUGAUAUCACGUUCGAAGGCGUGAGCUUUGCUCAUAGCACAUGGCUCGCACCAUCUUCGAUCGGCUACGUUGAUCAACAGACUGGCGGUUACCUCUGCGAGAACACAACGUACACUCCGGCAAACUUCGAGUCUUCAAGGCCGCAUUGGUGCCAAAUGCCUUCCGCCAUUCAAAUCAGCGCAGCCAACAACGUCUUCUUUACAGGCGGCAACUUCACGCAAAUGGGCGGCGGAGGCGUAGGAAUCGGCAACGACGCCAAUGCCCACAUCUCAGGCGUCGGGCUCGGUGCAAGCAACGUAGCCGUCCGCGAAGCCUUCUUCUCCCAAGUCAUGGGCAACAGCAUCACAGCUGGCGGCGUGCGAGCCGACGCCCACCACCCGAGCGAUGGCCGAAUGCUGAACUCAAAAAUCUCCAUCGAGAACAACAUCUUCCGCAACGUGUCCUCGCUCUUCAGUUCCACCGUACCCAUCUUCGCAAGCUACGUCCAGUCGUCCAACAUCUCGCACAACGACAUCGACAUAGCGCCGUAUUCAGGCAUCUGCCACGGCUACGGUUGGGGCUCGAACGAUGCAGGUGGAAGCUCGGAGUAUGAGAAACGAGGCUUGUACCAGUACCAGCCCAAAUACUCGACUCCAACUAUUUCCCGCGAUAAUCGCAUCGAAGGAAAUCUUCUGCACCGCUACGGCCUCUCACACACCGACUUGGGCGCCUUGUAUACCCUGAGUAAAAGCCCCAACACGGUGAUUCGCGAAAACUACGCCUACGACUCCACGGGCUUUGGCAUGUACACCGACGAAGGCAGUAAUUCGUACGCUAUCCAGAAGAACGUGUUGUUGUCGAGUGGCAUAUGGUACGCGCAGAAUGGCGUGAACACUGCGAAUAAUACGAUUACGGGGAACUGGGGCAGGACGGGGCCGACGAGGGAGGGGAAUACACUGGUGGGCAGCUUGGAGGGCGCGCCGCAGGAGGCGAAGACGGUUGCGCAGAGGGCGGGGGUGGAGGUGGGGAAGAGGGGUGGGAGGCCGGUGUCGAAUCCUUAG